AUUAUGGUUAGAAAUUACUUUAACUUCGAUUAACACCAUAUUUGUGGCGGGAACGAUAGAUGAUCUCAGCAUUUUUAAGUUAAAUAAAAUUAUUAUUAUACAUUCCAGCUGUCAGAUACGAAAAUAAGAGAUAGAUGUAUGUAUAAUAAAAUUGUUGUCGUUUUUAGCGAUCUUUAUAGAUCGCAACUCAACGAUUUGAUAUUAAUAAUUUAUUUUUACCUUAUAAAGAAAAUUACAAAUUAGUGUGGUAGGGGUUGAGAGUAGUGAUGGCAAUUUCAACCCGCCCCGCGGGUAUUACCCGACCUGACCCGCGAUGGGGCGGGUAUUACCCGACCAGCAGUAGCGUGGGGCGGGGCACGGGUAUCUACUUCCGACCCGCCCCGCCUCGCCCCGUUCUAGACUCAUUUUAUCUCAAUUUCUUACAAUUUUUAUACAUAUUUCUCCUAUUUUGACUUUUCUUCAACUAGUUAGAGUCGCUCUUUCAACUUGUUAGACUCAAUUACCCAUUUUAUUAUCACUAUUUUCAUUCUUUAAUCGUUUUACCCUUCGUUUUAUCGUAAAAAGUAAAAUUUACUUGUAUUUUUUCGAAUAACAUGUAAGAGUGGGUCGAUCCGCCCCGCCCCGUAGUAACGUCGGGCGGAGCAUGGGAAUUGAGGUAUCCGCCCUGCCCCGCCUCAUUGCCAUCACUAGUUGAGAGUCGGAGUAAGUACUCAACUCCUCGAGACUGUCAUCCUGAAGACCUAAACCCAUUUACAGUUGUACAUACUAGCCUCCCGAUAAAAUCGAUCCAUUGAUUAUGUCUCCUCACUUUCACAAAAUUUUAUUUGGAGCUAAUAUGCUUCCAAAAUUUAGUAUAUUGUGUUUUUACCUUUAGACAAAUCUUCUAAAUUGUAGGGCUGGCUAAUUGGUCCGGAACUGGAUAGCAAACAAUUUAAUCUCAUCUUCAGGUUUAGAUUUGAGGUAAAAAAUCGUUCAGGACCGGACCAAAAACCGGAUAAGAGAGCCCAACACCCAAAAUUUAACCAACUCCUCAUCCUUUCAGGCCUUAUGGCACUCAAAUCCCCACAAGCUCAAUCUGAAAUCAAGACCGAAUUGGGACCGAAUUGGUUCAAAACCGGACCUGAUCAAGACCGAACUGUAUCCAAUCCAAUCUUUGGUCCUUAUAUUCUCGAAAAGACCGAACUGGGACCAAACCAAUUUAGACCAAUUUAACCGGACCGGACCGUAUAGCCACCCCUGCUAAAUUGUGUCUAUGUUUCUUAAAGUAGAACCAAAACUAUUUCCCUUAUGGCUUUCAUACAUAACUCUUUCAAGUUUCGAACACUUUUUCCUGUUACGAUAAGGAAUGCUGACACGGCCGUAGAUGUGGACCUUCUUCAUUAGCAUUUGUGUCUUAACAAAUGCUCAUCAUUGAGAUCUUCGAUGUGUCGAAAUCAAGUAACUUAUUACUUUGUUAAUUAGCUUCAAGAGCAUAAAUAUCGUACCACGGCAUAUGUGCAACCCGUGUACACUACAAGUGGAACCCCGAUUAUAUUGCUCUCAACCCAUAAGCGAGAACGUGCUUGGGACCCGUUUGAUCGAUUCUUGAGUAUUCCACUUAUGUUUUCUGGAUGACAGCGAUGAUAAUUUAUUUACAAAAUUAAUACCUUAUCGAUCCAACAAUCACGAAGGCCCGUCAUCGCUCGAUCCAACCAUGCACAGCUCUGUGAGCAUGUUCUCACAAUUUGGGUUGGGAGGAGGAUAGCAAAACUGAAAUAGGGCCAUCCACAAACAUGUAUAAACAAGUUAUACUCCUCCUCAUAGUUGUGCAAUAUUGAGAACAUGGCCUGAUUAGAAAGGACAACUACUAUCCUACAUACUAAUCAACUAAUCGAACCAAGUGGCCUGCCUUUGGCUCAAUACAACCACAACUUAUUUUAUUCAAAGCUCGUCAUCAUCUUCUAGUGGAGUUGGUGGACUGGACUUUCAGCACACAGCAGGAAGGCUUAAUAGAGGCAGAGACAGAUAAGCAAGAGUUUUAUUAAAAACAGUUGGCCUUGGUUGGGCAUAAACACAAACCAAAAGUAUGAUUGCUUGUAAUUUCUACUUUGUUCGUCGAUACAAAAUAGGGUUGUUAAUGAAUCAAACCGUUCAUGAAAGGAUGAACAGAUCCAAAGAUCAUUAAGCACCCUAAUCAAAACAUAACAACAAGAACGAGUAUGAAAACUCAUACCAACAUCUCAAACACGAAUCGGUCCGAGAUUAUUUAUUUCGACCAUGAUUCUAGAUGAGUAGCUAUUGUCCACUAUUAACUGGCGAGAGAUUAACCAACAUCCUAGCGGAUCUUAAUAUUGUCGGUCUUUCUUAGUCAUGGAGCUCCCUUUCUUUUUCUAAAGAAUCUUGGUGGAGACAUUCUAACAUCUAAGCAAAAGAACCAGAGAGAUGACAUUUACAGCUUACCAGAGCCCAAACAUAUGCCCAAACCCACCAACCAUCAACGUUACAUUGAAGCAAGCUUACAAAUCUCUCCGUCUCUGAGUCAGACCAUCAACCCUUUUCCAUUUUUCCUUUAAUCCAAACAAACAAGCUAACUCAAUUUUUGUGGGUUUCGUUUGGUUGUCGGCAGCAGCAGCCUUUCCCCUCAAAACAUCCUUCCCCAACUGUUCACCAUCAAUUCAUUCAUUCAUUCUCUGAAUCGCUCUCAUUCACCACCACACACUCCUGACAACACGCUCAUUUCCCCACACAAAAUCACCAAAAAGUUCCAAUUUUCAAUCCUCCCCUGUUUCUACUUGGCCAAAAGGUUGCCCUGUUCUCCAUUCUCUAGUAGUGGGUGUUCACUUUCAUCAGCAGCGGAGGAGAGAUCCAUGGCCAGCGAAGCUUUGGUUAGUUUGGUAUGAGCUUUGACAACCCACCAGAAAGAUAAAAUUAAACGAAAGAGAGAGAGAGCGACAGUGAUCGGGCGAAUCAAAUCUGGAGAGAGAGAAGGGGGAUUGGGGGAAACUGCUAUUUUCAGCUCCCUUCUUCCUUCCCAACUUCGCAAGUCAAUCAAAGCUGUCUCACUCGAUACUGGCUGUACUCCACUGCAUCAACCCAUAAUUUGGUUGGAAGUGGAGGGGAAAAGGGCAAGAUUCAGCGCCGGUCGCUGUGAGCAGCGGAGCUGAAGAAGCAAUGUUGGUCCAGGACCGUUUACCGGCGUCGCCGCCUCCGCCCAAAUCGCCCAAAUCCAAAUCCAACUCGAAAUCGCAACUGCCCACCACCGCAUUUCACCACCCAAUUUCCGGCCGCCGAUUCUCUCCAGCCAAAUCGCUCGACUUCUGCACUUGGUUCUCCGACAAUCUCUACAAGAUCGUCACAAUCGUGUUCCUCGUCGCCACCGUCGCUGCCCUCUUCUUCCUCCGCAACGUCGGCGACACCUCAGCUUUCCUCUACUUCCAGUCGAAGUCCCACCCCAUCGAGAAAACCCUUCACCAUCCUCACAUCGACUGGAACAACGUGCCUACCUUGAGAGACACUUCCACCCCUUACGCCAAUUUCCGCACCGAGAAGUGGAUCGUGGUCUCCGUCUCCGAUUACCCUUCUGAUUCGCUCAAGCGGCUCGUCAAGAUCAAGGGAUGGCAGGUGCUCGCUGUUGGCGAUUCCUUGACUCCCUCUGACUGGUCCUUGAAAGGUGCUGUAUUCUUGUCCUUAGAGCAGCAAGCUACUCUGGGUUUUAGGGUUGUUGAUUACCUGCCCUUUCGUUCUUAUGUGAGGAAGAGUGUUGGGUAUUUGUUCGCCAUUCAACAUGGUGCCAAGAAGAUCUUUGAUGCCGAUGAUCGUGGAGAAGUCAUUGGAGGUGAUCUAGGGAAACAUUUCGAUGUAGAUUUAGCUGGUGAAGGAGCUAGGCAUGAACCCAUUUUGCAGUACAGUCAUGAGAAUGUGAAUAGGUCGAUAGUGAAUCCAUAUGUCCAUUUCGGGCAGAGAUCGGUUUGGCCUAGAGGAUUGCCAUUAGAGAAUGUGGGAGAAAUUGGGCAUGAAGAGUUCUAUACUGAGGUCUUCGGGGGGAAGCAGUUUAUCCAACAAGGUAUAUCCAAUGGAUUGCCUGAUGUUGAUUCAGUGUUCUAUUUCACCAGGAAAGCCGGUUUGGAAUCCUUCGACAUUAAGUUCGACGACCAUGCCCCCAAAGUAGCAUUGCCUCAGGGGAUCAUGGUGCCUGUAAAUUCAUUCAACACAAUUUACCAUUCAUCUGCAUUUUGGGGGUUGAUGCUUCCUGUGUCAGUAAGCACAAUGGCAGCUGAUAUCUUGAGAGGUUAUUGGUCCCAAAGGCUGUUGUGGGAAAUAGGUGGAUAUGUUGUGGUUUAUCCCCCUACAGUGCAUAGAGAUGAUAGGAUUGCGGGUUACCCUUUCUCAGAGGAGAAGGAUCUACAUGUGAAUGUUGGUAGAUUGAUUAAGUUCUUAGUUGCUUGGAGAUCAACAAAGCACCGAUUGUUUGAGAAGGUUUUGGAUCUGAGCUUUGCAAUGGCUGAGGAAGGAUUUUGGAGUGAGCUGGAUGUGAAGUUCACUGCUGCUUGGCUUCAAGACUUGAUUGCUGUUGGUUAUCAGCAGCCUAGGUUAAUGUCACUGGAAUUGGAUAGGCCAAGGCCUACGAUUGGCCAUGGAGAUAGGAAGGAGUUUAUUCCUCGUAAAUUGCCCUCAGUCCAUCUAGGGGUUGAGGAAACAGGAACAGUUAAUUAUGAGAUCGGCAAUCUGAUUCGAUGGAGGAAGAAUUUCGGAAAUGUCGUGCUGAUUAUGUUCUGCAGCGGGCCGGUUGAGCGGACCGCAUUGGAAUGGAGAUUACUCUAUGGACGGAUAUUCAAAACUGUGGUGAUUUUCUCAGAGCAGAAGAAUGAGGAUCUUGCUGUUGAGCAAGGGCAUCUGGACCAGAUGUACAAGCUUCUGCCCAGGUUGUUCAACCGGUUCAGCAGUGCAGAAGGUUUUCUGUUCCUUCAGGAUGAUACCAUACUUAAUUACUGGAAUCUGCAUCAAGCAGACAAGACUAAGCUAUGGAUCACUGACAAGGUAUCUGAUUCUUGGAGCAUUGUGGCACCUGAUGGAGAUUGGUUGACUAAGCAAGCUGGAGUGGUGAAGAAAGUUGCUGAUUCAAUGCCGGCUCACCUCCAAGUCAACUACAAAGAAGCCGUGAAGACCGAAAAUAGCCUGGUGCUCUGCAAUUCCGAGAUAUUCUACAUUCCUCAAAAGUUCGUCUCCGACUUUAUAGAUCUUGUUUAUCUGGUUCGUGAUGUCGGUCCAGUGGGUGGUAUGGAGAUGCAUCACAAGGUUGCCAUACCAAUGUUCUUUCUCUCAGUGGAUUCGCCUCAGAACUUCGACCCGAUCUUGAACACAAUGGUAUACAAGCAAACGCCUCCACCCAGCAAUUCGACGUUGUACUCUGCCCAAGCACCAGCUGUACAUCCAUGGAGCGUAUCAUCCGAACAAGAGUUCAUAAAGCUCAUAAGAAUAAUGGCGGAAGGUGACCCUCUUUUAAUGGAGCUAGUUUGAAGAAAUUCCAAUUACUCACAUAUUAACUCCACCAUUUGUAAGAGAAGAAAAAAACCAGAAAAGGGAA